UUUCUUAGGACAAAUAGAGAAUUAAGAGAACAGCAAGACAGAGAAUAUCAAGAAAGUCUUGCACAAGACCAGGAAAGGGUUAGUAGCUUAAGCUAGUAGUACAAAGGCUUUCAACACUAAAAUAAUAUUAAAACAACAACACAACAACGAUGCAAACAAAAACAUUCUGUUUACUUCAAUUAAAGAGGAUAUCAGGGAUGAAGUUUAUAUAUUUUUUGAUUUAUCCAUUUUUAUAAGGAGAGACAGAGAGCAGAGGAGAGACAGAGGGAAGAGGAGAGGCAACAAAGAGAGGUAAUUUAUGACAGCGUUACUUUGAUAAUUAAGUACUUAGUUUCCUUAAAAUCAAAAUCAUUAAAGUACAGAACAGCAAGAAUAACAAGUUACUAACCAUUUACAUCUAUUUUGACAAGCAGGUCCUUUUAGUUGUAAUAAUUAAAUAAAGUUUCUUAAUUACAAUAAUCUUGACCUUAAAGAGCCAUAAUUAAAAAAGCAGCUAAGAAAGCAGCCAGAUUUUUCUUGUCAUUAUCUGAAAACCCCUGGUCAAAUUAAAAUCUUACUUUUUCAUGUUAACAUGAGCUUACUCGAUAUAGUAAAUUGCAGCCAAUAGUCUAGUAAUGUAUUGUCUCUCACUGUAUUUAGGCCGAGGGGCUCAGAGAAGAAGAAAGAAAUAGAGCAGAAGCAGAACGCCGAGAUGCUGAGGUAAAAAAAAAAAGUCUUGGAAAGGAAGAAUCCUAAAACCAAAAACGAUUGAUUUAAAAGAUCCUUAGUUGGUUGCAGUGUUAAAAUAUUACUCAGCUGUUUUGGUUUGCUUUGCCUUGCAUUGCUUGGAGAAACGUUUUGUGUUAUGUCUUAAUCUUGGAUUAAACUUAACCAUCUUUUGAGAAACCGGGUUCUGGUUAUCUUUUGCACAAAGAAAAUCACAUCUAUUUAGAGAAAAUUGUAGUUAAUUAGAGAUGCCCCCUAACCUAUGCCAGGCUCUCAGAUAUUAGGAUGUCAAGUAAAAAUAAGAUGCUUUUCCUUUGGGAUGAACAUGACACUAGGUCACUUCCAGCUUCUUAGUUACACUAGUGUUUAUUCACUUGUUAUGCUUACUCUGAAGCUCGUGCUUCAAUGUCUGAUACAAGAGAAAUAUCAAUUAACACCAGUAAAUUUAAAACAAACUCUCAUCUUUAUAGGCAAUACGUGAGGCAAGAGAGGGGCUACCUCCAGAGCCUCUGGAAAAUGAAAACACUUUAACAGUGAGAAUCCGUGGCCCAAAUGGAAAUUCUGUACUGAGGACGUUUUUCAAUCAUGAAACCACACAGGUAACACAAAGUGAAUCACCCAUGUAAUAAUAUGCAAGAAAGUUAAACUUUUUUGCAAGCUUGUCAAUAGGCCUUUUUAGUUUUUUUUCCCAACGAGGCUGACCUGGCUUUGAUACAACCCUUCCUGCUUUGUCUUAUGCUAACUAGUAUUUUUAAAGCAUAAUUUCCAUAGGAAAAGGAAGGACUCGUUUGUGUAAUAACAAGGUCAACCCCAACCUCACGUUCACUCAAAGGCUAGGAUACUAAGCCUAAUACUAGAGAACUUUCCCGUUAUAAUCAUCUUAUCUACGUGCAAAUGCACGCGCUUUUUGAAAAGAUAAACUUCCCUACGACAUCUAUUGGGAAAACAACAAAUACAAGGUUAAUUCUAAAGUAAAGCAUCUGGGAGGGAGUUGAAGUGUUUGAAAAUGAAUUACCUGUAGUUGUUAUCCAUGGCUAAUUACCAUUUAGACGCGAAACUUAACUACGGCUUAAAUUCUUGAGCGGGCGCUGAACACCAGGACCACCACGGAAUAUCGCACAAUUUACUCUAAAACGGGAUAAUGUUUGAGGGAAACAAAGAAGUCAUGUUGGCUUUGAGUUACAGCUUACGUUAUCUCUUAAUUUCCAUAAAGGCUAAUUUAAAAAAAGACUUCCAAACGGAUGAAAAAUUAUAAAUUAUUUUGAAAAUAUAAACGUUUCACUCGUUAAUACGAAGCCCCCUGAUCGCCGAUUCAUCUAAAAACUAUUCUUAUAGAACUUACCUUGAGUAAUAAUGGAUCGGAGCGCGCCUCAGUCUUGUACAGCCUGGUACAGCCUUCAAAACGAAGGGAUGAAAUAUGCUUGGCAGCCUGGCUUCAAACCUGGCAAGCAUAUACACUGACGUCAUCAAUUGUUUUAUUUCUGAUUCAGGUGCUUUUCAGGGCGGCGUUUGCUCUACUGUCUCUGCCCAGCCAAGACUUCGUAAUCCACAGACAUCGAGGGCCACCCAUACAUAAUGACGGUUCUUCUUUGGUAGACCUUUCAUUGAACAAUUACACUGUUCUUAUAAUAGAGAUGCAGGACGAAUCAGGCCCAUAG